AUGUUUAUUAAGAACGAUUACGUCGGCGAUAAAAAUAGGCUAGAAGACUGGAGAAUCAAGGGCUAUGACCCUUUGAUUCCGCCAAGUUUGUUACAGCAUGAGCUCCCUAUAAGCAGGAAGGGUAAAGAAGUCAUAACCAGCGGGAGAGAGGAGGUUGUAGAUAUUUUAAACGGGAAGGAUGAUCGGCUCGUUAUUGUGGUCGGUCCUUGUUCGAUCCAUGACCCGGAGGCUGCAUACGAAUACGCCCAGAGGUUGGCGGUGGUUCGUGAGCAAUUGAAGGGAGAGUUGUUGAUUAUUAUGAGGGCCUACUUGGAGAAACCGAGGACUACAGUUGGGUGGAAGGGGUUGAUUAAUGAUCCGGAUAUUGAUAAUUCUUUUCAGAUUAAUAAGGGCUUGAGGAUAUCUCGGGAAAUGUACACCAAGCUUGUAGAGUUGGUUCCAAUUGCUGGUGAGAUGCUUGAUACAAUUUCUCCGCAGUUCUUGAGCGAUUGUUUUUCGCUAGGGGCGAUCGGUGCUAGAACUACGGAGUCUCAGUUGCACAGAGAACUGGCAUCUGGUCUUUCUUUCCCCAUCGGUUUCAAAAACGGUACGGAUGGCGGGUUGCAGGUUGCAGUUGAUGCUAUGAGGGCUGCGGCCAAUUCCCACUACUUUUUGUCCGUGACGAAGCCUGGUGUGACGGCGAUUGUUGGUACAGAAGGUAACGAAGAUACUUUUAUCAUCUUGAGGGGGGGCAAGAAAGGAACCAAUUAUGAUGAAAAUGGGGUGCAGCAAGCGAGAGAGAGCUUGAUUUCUGCCAAUUUGGUGGACGAAGCUGGGGUCCAGAGGAGGAUCAUGAUUGAUUGCUCCCACGGAAAUUCUAAUAAAGACUUUAGGAACCAGUCUAAAGUAGUGCAAAAUAUUUAUGAACAGUUAAGCAAAGGCGACCAUUCGAUCUGUGGUGUUAUGAUUGAGUCGAAUUUGACUGAAGGAAGACAAGAUAUAUCCCCCAACGGUGGUAGGGAAGGUUUAAUGUACGGUUGCUCGAUUACAGAUGCCUGCAUCGGGUGGGACAUAACUGUGGAAUCUUUAGAGCUUUUAGCUCAAGGAGUCAUCAACAAAAGAAAAGUACUAAAAGACGGGAUAGAAACCGUUUAA